GCAGCUCAUUGCGAGAUCUUUGGCACCUCGACCGCAUUGAUUAUCAUAGCGGAGAUAGAAGAGGCUACCCCACUCACAAAGAGGACUUCUCUCAUAACUGGCUACACUAGAGCUCUCCUAUCCUUCUUUGCAAUGCCUACAGAGAAAUCAGAGUCUCAGGCUGGCCCGGAGGAGGGUGGGCACACGAAAAAGAGCCGCUUUCCCCAGUUUGCUAAGCGCAAGCCAAAAGUGGAUGAAGUAGAGAAAAAGAAGCAAGUUCAAGAUUACAUUGCUUGGGUGAAUAAUUAUCUCAGAAAGCGACCUCGGGCAAACCUCAUAACUGACUUACGUAGUGGAAUGCAGGAUGGCAUAACACUAAUCAACUUGGUCGAAAUUGCAGCAAAUUCCGAGAUCCCGUUUGUGGACCGUAACCCUCUCUCUGCCUCCGCUCGACGUAGCAACAUAGAAAAAGCGAUUGCUUUUCUUAAUAGCGACGGGGCCAACCUUGGGACAGAUUCGACGAAAGAUAUUAUAGAUGGAAGCAUGAAAGGUGUCAUGCGUGUUAUCCUCGCCAUUGCCGAAAAGUAUAAUCCUCGAUCGGUCCGCCCUGUACCAAAGACAGGGGCUCCUCCACAGCUAGUGAGUGGAGGAGGAGGAGGAGGAGGAGGGCCGGGUUAUACUCAGGAUCAUCCUCAUUAUGUGAGUCCUCAGACUAUUCAUCCAACAGAUAUUCAUCAUUCGCCGAGAGCAACCUCUCCUUUAACGAGUACAUUUAUGACUGGAGGAGGAGGAGGAGGAGUGGCAGGGAUUAAUACACUCCCUCAACAGGGUGGGGCCCUCUCACAGAGUUACAAUACCCCCCAGCCUUUUCAUCCGUCUCAACCUGUCGCUCUCUCUCAGUCUCAAGGACUAGGCCCUCACCCACCGACAAGCAGCUACUCUCUCUCUCAGCCAACUCAGGCUCCUCCUGAUGGAAUAUACUCAACUCCCAUUGACUCUCUCCCACAGCACGUCACGCAGCACAUUACCAGAUUUGUACCGAGAAACAGAGUAUUGGUGCCAAGACCUAAUCGCACUAUGACUAAUACUAGCAUUCAAAAUCACAAGCCGCCUGUUUUGUUGCCUCUCCCUAAUGAUCCUCCUCCUCCUCUCCCUCCUCCUCCAAUUCGUAAUGAAGAGAACAGAGAGAACAGAGAUCCUAAGCAAUCUAAGACAGAGCCUUCUGAAGAAGUUGUCUUAUCGGCUGAGUUUCAAAACGAGAUUGGUGGGAUCGUAAACCAGUUGAGCGAGUUCAAGACGGAGCUGCUGAAAUUACACGGUGUGCUACUUGAUAAUAUUAAUGGAGGAGUGAGCGAUGCUGAUCAAGAGGCUUCUGAGCUGAAUGUGAAGCUACCACUGGAACUAGCUAACAUACAGAUCAGUGAGAAGGACAGGGAGAUAGAGGAGCUCUGCGAGAAGCUUAAAAAUCUAGAAGAACAGUCAAAGAAGGUCGAUAGUGAAUGUGAUACAUUAAGGAACAUGGUGAUGGAGAGGAACCAGUUUAUAACGAGUAUGAAGAGCGAGAUCUAUCGUAAAGAGUAUCGGAAUGACACGGAGAGAGUCGAUUUACAGACUCAACUUCACCACAAAGAGAAAACAGCCAAAGUGUUAGAGGGUGAAGUAAGUCUACUAAAGGCGAGCCUCGAGGGUAAAGACCGUGAAGUCACAGACAUGAGAGAAAAGAUCCGACAACACGAAUCGAUAGAGCUAGAGCUAAGAGAAGAGCUGGACAGAGCAAAGGGAGAGUUGUUGAGACUAGCCAGCAACGAGGAGAGUCUUCACAUUAAAUUGAGCAGCAGAGACAAGCGGAUAACAACCCUUGAAGAAAGACUCGAGGAAGGAGGAGGAGGAGGAGGAAAGAGAUUCGACACAAGUCUUAUAACUGAUGAGACCGACUCUAUUCGACGUAAACUAGAGAUACUCAAAGGAUCCUUAGACCAACAGCAACUAGGACUACUGGACAACUUAGAGAAGAGUAUAUCGGAAUUGUAUGCGAAAUUAAAUAGCACUGACUCUAGAAGUUUCUCACCUAGUAGAAGGCCAAGACGCUAUCAUGAAGAGAGAAGAGAAGAAAAGAGACGUAGACACAAAGCCAGCAAGGAGGAGACAGCUGUCUAUCACACUAUUGCUAAUCCUUCCAAUGACUGGACUAAAGUAUUCUAUUACAUGACUGGAGACAAGACAGAAACCCCAUAUGUAACUACAGUUCCCAGAAAAUCAAAUGAGGUUCGUUUAAAAGACUUCAAAGCUGUUUUUGAUCGACAAGGCUCGUACAGAUUUUAUUUCAAGACACAGGAUCCUGAUUGUGGGGUAGUAAGAGAAGAAAUUGUUUCUGAGGACCAGCUGCUGCCUGACUGGAAUGGCAAAAUAAUGGUCUGGGUUAGCGAAAAGGCACACCACAGAUAAUCAUCAUUGUGACAAUGCAUAUACUAUUAAUAAUAAUGAAUUAAUAUUAAUUAUAAUUAUCAUCAUUAUAAUGGCAUCAAUCUUAUUGUAUUUUAGUACGUCAACAUUAUUUUAAUUUUUUUUGU